AUGGCCGACACUACGUGUGGCCGUCUGGUGUCAUUCCUUCUCGAAGGUGAUGAAGUCAUUUCAUGUGAAGUAUGUAUGGAACCAUUUGAUUCCAAUCUUCGUCCACCAAAAAUUUUACCUUGCGGUCACAACUUUUGCGAACAAUGUCUAUUUAGUCUUUGCUGUCAUCAACAGUACUAUUUAUUGGAUUCUAUUAACUGUCCUACUUGCCGAGCUUCAUUCACAACAGCUGUAGCUCGAUCAGCUCCCACAAAUUACGAUUUAUGCAAAAUGCUCGAUAAUGUGCAACGCGGAUUUAAUAACACCACUGUCCUCCAUACACCAGAGGUUACUGUAAUUGAGAAGGAGAAGCUUGGAAACGUUGUUAAGGGCUUAGCUGAGAGGAGUCGGGAAGCAAAACAUCAACGAUGCUUGGAUUGUCAACGCAAGCUUUCAUCAAAGAACUUAUCAAAAAUUGCCAGAUAUUGCGUCAUGUGCAACAACUCUGGAAGCUUGAAAUUCUCUUGCUUGGAAUGCUGCGUUAAUAAUCAUAAUGGUCACCGACUCUAUUCGAUUCCACAGAUGGAGACUAGCCAACUUGCGAUCUUAUCUGAACUUCGUGUUAUUCGUCGCAAAAUGUUGGACGCUUCUGAAGCUUUCGACCGUCGUCUAAAAGAAAUCGGAAAGAAAGGAUCUAUCCAUACUCCUGCUCUUCAUGCUCAGAAGCAAACCUUACUCAGCGAGAUCUUAGGCCAGAUUGAUGAAGCUGUACGUAAGAUGGAAGAACCUAAGCUCAUUCCGCCAACCAAUCUCAAUAUAAUCCGCAAUCAUCAAAUUCAUAAUUUCUCCCGAAUAACCAAGAUGAACAGUCUGUUGGAGAAAUCAGUUCAGACGGAAAAGCAUAGCUCGGACGAACCCCCACAAAGUCGUUUGAAGAAAAGCAAUUCUGCUAUUCGUCAAUCAAGACUGUCCCUGCGCUCUGAUAAUUCUCUUACAAGAGAAGCUUUAUCAACCCUCCUAUCAAUUUUACCCUCCGAUGAAGUUACAACUCAAUUGAGUGAAAUCUUAGAUUCAAUUUCUCCCAAAGAUACAAUUGAAGAAAGAAAAUUAGCAUAUCUUAAGUCAACCCAUUUAAUAACUGAAAUCACAUAUGGUGAUGUAAAUGCCGAAGACCUUCCAUUAUUUGCUGACGCUCUUCUCAACUGUUUUUAUCAAUUGAAUGUUCUCUCUCGUAAGCGUAAUGAGAAAGGACGUACAAGUCGUAAGAACAUCUGGAAGAGUGUUCAAUUCGCUUAUGCCCAAAUAAUGAAAAUUGCUGCCAAAUCUUAUCCUGCUUGUCAUCCUGAGCGAGUUGAUUGUCUCGAUGAUUUGGCUUAUCUCUGUCAUUUAUUCUCUGAUGUUUGUGACCAAGCUACUGUUGCCCUUCUAAUUAUCGAAGCUGCUCGAGCUCGAUCAGCUGAGGCUAACUUGCCAGAAGAUGAAUUACGACGUACCGAUCAACGCCUUCAAAUGAUUGAUGAUCACCUCAUUGAACUUCGACGUCUUCAAAAGUUACAAGAUCUUCGAUCGAAAACAAAAAUUAAACGCGAAGGUGGACGUUUCAAAGCCUUCUGGAAGGCUAUUACUGGACGUCGUUAA